CUCAAGUCCUCCCUUGCGCGCAAUAACCAGUAUGAAUGCUCUAUUCAACUCCGCCCUGCGACAGUCAACGUCAAUACGCAAAGACCUAGACCAGUUUGCAGACUCUGCUGCGCCGUCUCCGCAUCUUCAAGCACAGCUCAAUGCAUCCCUCACCACGUUUGCGCGCACCAUCGACGACUAUGGCAAGCUCGCCAAGCAGGAACCCGUCCAGACGAAGCAGGAAAAGGCAUUUGAGCGAUUGAAGAACUUCCGGAACGAGCUGGAUGAAUAUAGAGCCAGCUUCAAGCGCAUCAAGAGCGCAAACGAGGACGUGCAAACAAUCGAAGCGCGAACAGAACUGCUAGGCCGCCGCCCACAUCACGCUGCCACACCCGAAAACCCAUACUCGUUGCCCAACACAAGCGCAGCUGCAGCACACUCGCCGUUCGCGCCUGCCUCUUACGAUCCCAACGCGCCAUACCGACCUAAUGCGUACUCUGCCGGCGCCCAACAAGGCCCUGAAUAUGAUCGCGAGGGUCACGUGCUUCGCGAGCAUACGUUCUUCAAGCACACGUCUGACCAACUCUGGACGAGUUCCUAGAUAGAGGACGUACUGUUCUGGGCGACCUCGGCCAGCAAAGAGAGAUGCUCAAAGGCACGCAAAGAAGGCUGUAUAGUGCAGCAAAUACACUGGGUAUCAGUGGUGACACUAUACGUAUGGUCGAGCGCAGAGCCAAGCAAGACAAGUGGAUAUUCUACACUGGAGUCGUCGUCUUCUUCUUGUUCUGCUGGCUUGUCAUACAUUACCUACGAUGAGCGUGGGUUUCGGAUGGGAAUUUUGGGGUUAUAGUAUUGCUUCAAGCGGCAUUAGCAGGGCGUAUGGCGCUACUCAUGGGCGGAAUAUGGUCAAUCUAUGGCAUGUUGGUACGUACUAUACGAGACCUGUUGUGCAUAUAUGCAUGCCGACUAGGAUCGCGCACGCGCACUCGGACUAAUAUAUACAACGAAUUGAAUUUACUCUACUGGC